AUGGGAUCUGAGCUCGGUCUUACCGCCGACUCAAAGUCGGAGCUGGAUACCUCAGCUGUGAGUAUCUUUUGGGUGGCUUUCGGUUGCAUCUGGACCGCCAUUAUCGUGGCCGGUGCGAGUUAUCUCAUCGUCAACCGCAACACCCCGACGAUCCGGAUCCGUGGUCUCUGGCUAUCGCUCUCUGCCGUCGCAUUUCUUCAUCUCUAUGCCUGGAGUGUCCAAUUCGGUCUUUUGAUUGGUGCCCUCAUGCCCGGAGAUAUCGAAUUCUGGAUCAUGGGUACCUAUCUACCUUGCGGAAUUGCUUUGUUCCACGCUUCCAACAGUCGCUUCCUUCACGUCGCCAAGCUUCAGAAGAAGUUUAUUCACCACGAUGGCCAUAAUGUCGCCGUCCCGCCGGUCCAGGCCAAGCGUGGCCUGCUCGCCAAGUUCCGCCGUCUCGACUAUACCGCCAAGACCGUGUGGCUCGUCAGCAUCGCCAUGGUCGUUCAGAUCUUCCUCACCGUUCUGAUGUACCUGAUUUCUCGCAAGUGGCACAGUUCCUGGGGGAUUCCGGGCACGGAGGUCACCGGUACUAUUAUGGAGCAGAGAGCCGAGCAGGGUCGAGGCUGGGAGUGGUGGCCUAGUGUGGCCUGGCAGUUCUUUUGGUCUUGGGUCUUCGCCCCCUACAUUCUCUGGCAGUCUCGUAACAUCCACGACACCCAGGGUUGGCGUACCCAGACCAUUGGCUGCGCUAUUGUCAUGCUCCCCGCCACCCCCAUGUGGCUUAUUGGUCUCUACGUUGAUGGUAUGGCUCCUGUCAACGCUGUCUGGCUGCCUCCUCAGUGGAUCGUCCUUUCGAUCUUCUUCAUCGAAAUCUUCACCGUUCUCCUUCCCUGCUGGGAGGUGUUGCGCGCCAGCACUCUCCGCCAGGAGACCCUCGAUGCCAUCGCUCAGUGGGAGCGCAGGAACAAGUCUAUGGCCUCCGGCUCUACCUUCAUCGGAUCUAUCAUGUCUGGCUGGAAGUCAAUGAACGGCUCUGUCAAGACCAACAGUUCCAGCGACAGUAUCCUCACCAUGAGUGCCUUGGAGCACGUCCUCGAGCGCAACCCUAUCCCACUUCUGGAAUUCUCUGCUCUCCGCGAAUUCUCCGGUGAGAACAUUGCCUUCCUCAUCAGCAUUGCGCAAUGGAAGAGCAGCAUCCCCGCCGCUGUUCGGGACGGCUCUGUUGACGGCAACACCAAGGAUAGCGUUCGCGAUUGCUUCAACAAUGCCCUGCACAUCUAUGCCGAGUUCAUCAGUGUCCGUCACGCCGAGUUCCCCGUCAACAUCUCCCACCAAGACCUCCGUAAGCUCGAGAACAUCUUUGAGAAGCCUACGCGCAUCCUGUACGGUGAGAAGCGUGACUCCGACGUAAUCACUCCCUUCGAGGGAGCCGACUACAACAUGGAGCCUGCUUCCCCCACCUACUCCUCAGGAUCUGAGAAGGCCAUGAACGUCUCGGCCUCUGCCAUCAAGGAGCGCGUCCACUACUGGGGUGAGAUCCCCGCGGACUUCGGUGCCGCCGUCUUCGAUGAGUCAGAAGAGAGCAUCAAGUACCUCGUCCUCACCAACACAUGGCCCAAGUUCAUCAGGAACCACCGGACCUCCAUCGGCUCGGUCGAGACUCUCGAGGCUGGCAACGGCAUCGUCGAGAUGGCUGACCUCCACAACGAGAAAUGA